CAGGAAGUGCAGCAGUUCGGGCUCCGGACGUUUCCGGUGCCGCUCUCUCCCUCCCAGGCUGUGCGUUUCGUCUGCGCCGGAGGCUUUCCGUGGCGCUUCUCGCCUCCUGACCCCGGUGAGUGAGGAACCUCUUGCUCGGGAGGCGGGGAAGGCGAAGCGGCGCCUGGAGCCGCUGGACACUUGCUUCAGGAGACACCCGGAGCUCGGCUGCUGUCCCGGAAGGCCUGAGUGCCGGGGGCUCCUCCGUUCCCACGGUAGCUGCUCCGCACGUGUCCGCGGAAGUGAACAUGCCCAGGUCGGGGUUGGGUGAGAUCCCGGGCGGAGACCCUGCAGACUUCAGGCUUGUUGUCGGAUCUAUUUCGGGUUUAUUAUUAUUAUUACCCUGGGGUGUUUCUGAGCCUUUGCUGAGUCCCCGGAAUUUUUGGUCAAUGCCAGAACCAGGUUCGCAAGUCAUAAAUCAUGGUGGUCGUUUCCCACCCUGUCGCUUUAAAGCAGUCUUAUUUAUAGUAGGGAGAAGGAUGCUAAGCCACUGCUGCCUUGCAGCUAUAACUCGUUCCUCGAGAAAACCCGAGGAUAAAUCUGUACCCGCUGUCUUGCAGGACAUCUUUGGGAGAAGAGAAGGCUAAGGCUACACAAAACCCCAAAUGGUGUCCCUAAGACAGUUGGAUGGCGCUUUGUACUCCUCCUUAUGGCAACUCCUGCAGCCAAGCUUGUGCCAAAUGUAUUGCUCUGCUUUCCUUUGGACCACAUCAGUGAGGCCAAGAGGGGGAUUUGUUGUCUGGGCAGCCAAGGACCUCCAUACACAUUGCCCAAGCUUGCGCCCUGGAGAGGUCAGUUCAGUGCUGCUAAUGCAGCAAAAACAAUGCGGGAGGCAGCCAUAACAAGUUACCCGUCUCCACAGCCACAGUAGGCACUGUGAUUCUCCAACUGUUGAACUUAAGCCUUGGAAAUCCACUCCACUGUCUCUGGACAGACAGAUGACAACAAUUUAGGGAAGGAUCUGUGGGUUAGCAUUUUCUAGCUUAUGGGUGGGCACUAGCAACCCUUGCCCAUCUGUUUCAAGUCAUCUAGAUCUACUUGCCAGUAGAUCGCACUCUUAAUUUCUGCCCGUCACUUUGUCUCCAGUUGGUCUCCAGUUCCCCUCAGACUGGGAACUGAAAGGGUAAAGACUGGAUCUGAGGCACUGCCCAGAGGGGAAUAAAAGGAGGCCUGAUUCUGUUCUCUGCUUAUCCCCCCCCCCAAUGUUGUGGACUACAACUCCUAUCAGCCCCAGCUAGCACAGCUGUGCUGAUCUAAACAAAUAGAAAUGCUUAUUCAGUUCUGGGUCCACCUCAUUAAUCAAGGCUGAACCUAAUCCAGUCAUGUGAACGUAACAUCUUUUAAAUCUCAUAGGAAGUCAUGACCAGGUGGGCACGAGCAAAUGUCACCCACAACAAGAAGGCUCUGGAUGCAACACCAUGGGAAAAUAUGAAAAAUGAUGCCACCGGAAGUGCAACAACAGAUAGAAAGCAAAGCUCUUCAGACAACUUUUCCUUGAGAAGUACUCAAGGGAAGAAGAAAAAUAAGAAGAAAAAAGACUAUACGAAUGAAGAUGUCAACGGUUUUAUGGAAUAUUUAAAACAGAACUCUCAGACAUUGCAUAAAGGAGAGGUGAUCAACAGCCGUGAAGCAAAGGAUGAAAUAGCAACAGCUUUGAAAAAGGACCGGCGGCGAGAGGGGAGAAGAGUGAAAAGGCAGGAAAUGAAAAAGAACACAAUGGUAAGGUGAUGUUCCAUUGUUAUUUCUUUCUUUUGGUGCCCGUUACUUUUUCUAUUCAUAGUGCAAAUGACACUACUCAGUCACAUAAGUGAGAUCACAAUAAUUUGUCUCAGUCCAGAUAACUAUUAGUGAACACGUUUGUGUCUUGGCUUCCGUUUAUUAUGGAGCAUGCUUUAGCACAGGGAUGGGGAACUUAUGGCCCUACAGAUAUAGUUGGACUCAAACUCCCAUCAGCCUCAGCCCAUCAUCUGAAGGGCCACAGGUUCCCCACUUUAGUGAAAAUAGGUUUUCUCCUCAUGUUGCAGUCUUUUGUGUACACAGCACAACUUUAUCUACUUGUAAAAAGCUUGUUUCUGAAUUAGAUUGGCGGUUUCUGGAUCUGCAUGUAUGUUUAGUGCUCAGAUGUUCUUUAAUGUUUUAACAGACUUUGUUUUGCUUUGAAUAUUCAAAAUUAUUAAAGCUGAACUAGAAAUUUAUGUUUGUUCUGCUAUAAUUAAAUGUUUUGUUAUACUUACCGUAUUUUUCGCUCCAUAGGACGCACUUUUUCCCCUCCAAAAAUGAAGGGGAAAUGUGUGUGCGUCCUAUGGAGCGAAUGCAGGCUUUCGCUGAAGCCUGGAGAGCGAGAGGCAUCGGUGCGCACCGACCCCUCUCGCUCUCCAGGCUUCAGGAAGCUAUCCGCAAGCCUUGCACGCCCGGCAGGAGGUCCCGCCGAGCGCGGGAGGCUUGGGGCGGCAGCCUGUCGCCCGAAGCACAGGGAGCCCUCCGGAGGGCUCCCGUGCUUGGGCAGUGUCUGCAAGCCUUGCGCGCCCGGCAGGAGGCCCCGCCCAGCGCGCAAGGCUUGGGGUGGCAGCUUGUCGCCCGAAGCACGGGAGCCCUCCGGAGGGCUCCCUUGCUUCGGGCGAGUGUCUGCAAGCCUUGCGCGCCCGGCGGGAGGUCCCGCCCAGCGCGCAAGGCUUGGGGCUGCAGCUUGUCGCCCGAAGCACGGGGAGCCGACGGAGGGCUCCCCUUCCUUCGGGCGAGUGUCUGCAAGCCUUGCGCGCCCGGCGGGAGGUCCCGCCCAGCGCGCAAGGCUUGGGGCUGCAGCUUGUCGCCCGAGCACGGGGAGCCCUCCGGAGGGCUCCCUUGCUUGGGCGAGUGUCUGCAAGCCUUGCGCGCCCGGCGGGAGGUCCCGCCCAGCGCGCAAGGCUUGGGGCUGCAGCUUGUCGCCCGAAGCACGGGAGCCCUCCGGAGGGCUCCCUUGCUUCGGGCGAGUGUCUGCAAGCCUUGCGCGCCCGGCGGGAGGUCCCGCCCAGCGCGCAAGGCUUGGGGCUGCAGCUUGUCGCCCGAGCACGGGAGCCCUCCGGAGGGCUCCCGUGCUUCGGCGAGUGUCUGCAAGCCUUGCGCGCCCGGCGGGAGGUCCCGCCGGCGCGCAAGGCUGGGGCUGCAGCUUGUCGCCCGAAGCACGGGAGCCCUCCGGAGGGCUCCCCGUGCUUGGAGUGUCUGCAAGCCUCGCGCGCGAGCUUGGGGCGGUAGCCUGCAGCCCGGCGCACGCGAGGCUUGGGGCGGCAGCCGCGGGGGGAUUUUUUAUUCAUUCCCCCAAAAAACGAGGUGCGUCCUAUGGACCGGUGCGUCCUAUAGAACGAAAAAUACGGUAAAUGUUCAUGAGCUGAGGAAGUUUGUAUUUCUAUUACUGUAGUCAGCACUCUCAAUUUUUGUUGUGUCUUUAUUCUCUCUUUUAUAGCAGAGUGAUAAUUCAGUCAUCCUACAGAUUGUAGGGAUGGGAAAUAAAAUACUGAUAAAUGAAAGUUAUGAGUUUUAUGCACAAUAGUAAUGCUUUCUAUAGCAGUUUUCAUCUACAGAUUACAUUACAACUGAUACAAAUGCAGAAUCAAUUUAUGCAGUUCAGAUCACAGUAAGAGAGCUGUAAAAGCAGCUGUCUAUAGAGAAAAUCACUCAUGAGGACUUUCAGAAGUCAUGCACAGCAGGGAGAAACCAAAUUCUUUAUUUUAUGUUUCUUUACAGCCCCUGUGUGUUAGGUUAGGUUUAUAAAGAGUGAUGGUACUUAUAAUCCAAUAGUUUAGUUAUGCUACUUCACUGGGCAUGAUUAUAUUCUGGAGCAAUAUCACCUUUCCAGAAUUCACAAAGCAUUUAGGGGAUGAUUAUGAUGUAGAAUUUGGUACUCUUGACAUCAGUUUAUAGAGUCAUUUAAUGGGCACGUAUACUUUGGCUACCCAUUUCAGUGUAAUUUUCUGGAGUGAUAAAUCCAUAAGCUAGCUCCUACUCAAGGUUAAAUAGAUAAAUGUGUGUAAUUUGUUGUGCUUAAGUAUGGUUUGUGGAACUGCUUUCAAAUGGGGUUCCAUGGGUGUCUCGGGUUAUACUUAGUGCUAGAAAAAGGGUGAUGUCAUUGAAUGUUUAGGAUUCUCAGCAAGAAGGUGUGUGCCUUUGGCUUUUCUCUGGAUAGGUUACUCAAAUACCAUUGUUAAAUGAGAGGCUUGGUGAGAAGAAUGGCUUUGCUCUUCAGGAAUCUUAACUUCAGAUGAAUGCCCAAAUUAGACAUGGUGUUAAACAUAUAGUGCAGUUCUUUAAAAAUCCAAAUUCCAUCAGUUUGGGUGGUGCCAUUAACCUGCAUGUUAAAUGCAAAUGUUAACCCUAAAACACUGGGGCUGUGUUACUCUAAACUAUGCAUCACUGGCUGCUACUUCAUCAGAUCUCAUUGGUUGUGUGUGGGGGGGGGUAAGAUUCAUUUGAAAUGUGGCUAGCAGAAAAAGAGAUUGCUUUCAGUUCAUAUCUCUUUCUGCUCACUUAGUAAUUCACCUUGUAUCGCCAAAGGUGUGCUUCCACUGCAGAAAGCCAGGACAUGGUGUGGCAGAUUGCCCAGCUGUACUCGAAAGCCAAGAUAUGGGAACUGGAAUUUGUUACCGCUGUGGAUCUACAGAGCAUGAAAUCAACAAAUGCAGAGCAAAAAUAGAUCCUGCUCUUGGUAUGUGUAGUAUCUACAACCCGAUUGAAUGUUGGGCAUGGUAAAAGUUACAUGCCUGUCUUAAUAUUUUUCAACAAUUCACAUAGUAUUAAUGAUUCUAACCAUUCUAGAUUACAGUAAUGCUGGCUCACUGCAGUGUCUUAUAUAAUAUUAGUGUGGAUAUUUCGAUUGUAACAUCAUUGAAUUCUUACAGGUGAAUUUCCAUAUGCAAAAUGCUUCAUUUGUGGUGAGAUGGGACAUCUCUCAAGGUCAUGUCCCGAUAAUCCUAAAGGACUCUAUGCUGAAGGUGAGAGCAACUGUUGCAAACCCCCCCUCCCCUACCAAAAAGAUAACUAAGUUGAUGGACAUGAGAGUACUCCCCCUUUCUUAGUUCUAGAAAUUAAAUGAGAGAGCUUUAUCAUUGGUGACCUUGUAUGCUUCUCACCAUUGUUUGGGAAUUUUGGCUCAUUGUCAAAGACAUUGUUCACCCCUUAUCACGAGUAUUUUUGUACUGGUUACUUGAGAAGCAGUUCUAAAAUUCCAAAUGGAUUCCCAUAUAGGUUUUUCAAAGUAUUUACAUUUAAUGGGGAGGGGACCCACUUAAUUUUAGAGAUACAGCAGAGUAGUAUUCCAUUAUUCUCUUUAAAUGUCGGCCAUAUUGAUCCUGAUCCAGAAAACCCGUAACACACCUAUCUGUGCAUGUACAUAUAGCAUAGAUUGUUAUCAAUUCCCCACCACAUGCACACAAAUCAUAGCAACUGCAGUAUCACACGCUACAUCAUGAAAUGCAUUAAAAAAUAACUUGCUAAGUUCUUGAAUGUCAGUUCAAUCAAGUGUUUAUAUAGCUGAUCAAUCAACAAAGUAUAAAAUAUCAAUAUAAUAUAUAUCUGGAAAGCUUAAGAUAACCAAAGCUACCAUUUGCAAGAGCAGUAACCGGAAAUAUCAAAAUAAUGAAUCAUUGGGUUGUGAUUCAUAGAACAAUAGGAACUCAUUGUCUCAAUAGAAUCAAACUUCUUGAUAGGAUCUCAUUUCGUUGCUAAUCAAGAAAUUUGAUUCUGUUUGUUUUAGCUUAAAUUGAAACAAUGGACAUUUGGACUCUCUGUGUAUAUUAUAUAUAUAACUGCCAACUGAAAUAACAUUUGUGCAUAAAAGUGUAUGCUACAACAAAUCUUGUUAGCCUGUUGUAGCAAAACCCGUGAAGAACCUUGUGGUCCCUUAAAACUAACACAGCUGCCCAUCUUAAUCAGCCUUAUAGUUUUGAUGUGAUGGAGCUCAAAAAUACUAAUAGUGAGUUUUGCUUCCUUGUGUUUAUGAAUUGUAAACUUGCUCUGUACACUUGACAUCUGGCAUUUGUUAAUAUAAUUCAUAUACUGUGGUUAAAUACUUCUUUUGUGUGGGUGUGUUUUAUCUUCUACAGGAGGUGCUUGCAGGAUCUGUGGAUCUGUUGAGCACUUUAAAAAAGAUUGUCCAGAGAAUCAAAAUGCAGGUGAGGGAUAAAAUAAUUUCUGUUUAUCCUAAAGCGUAGUUAUAUACCUGUGAACCAUUCUAUAUAAAUUGUGAACUUGACUACUGAUUAUGAGUUAUAAAACGAGUGGUACAACCCUCAAUUUCACCUUACUGACCACAUCUUUAAACAGGCCAUUAACUGGGGGUGUAAUGCUAACUCUACAUAGUGCAUCGACUGUUGCAGGUAGAGAUUGCAUUCAUUUUGAUACACUUAAUUUCUGUAUGGCUGAUACGAAGCAAGUGACAUACAGAAUUGAAUAAUCAGUUUCAGUGUUAUACUGCAUUGGAAUUUGCAACUUGUUGCUGUCAGAAAGUCUUGUACAAAACCUCCAUUGGUUUCAUUGAGACUUAUUUUGGAGUAAAGAGCAUAAACUGCAUAAACUGUAAAACUGCAAUGCUGAAUUACAUAUAAGUAUUCCUCAGCAUUUGGAUCAGAAGGCUGAUUUCUUAAGUAUUCAUUUAUUUUUCCUUUCCUAGAUCGAGUGGCAACUGUUGGUCGAUGGCUCAAAGGAAUGAGUGCAGAUUACCAAGAGGUUUUAGACAGCCCUAAACCGCAAAAACCAAAACCAAAAAUAGCUAAAGUUGUUAACUUCUGACAACUGCUGUCUGGCAUCAUUCUUUACAAUUGUCAGUGUUUGGCUUAAAGUUAUAGUACUAAAAAUGGACUGUGAACUGUAGUUCCAGAAUAAGCCAUAACUGCACUUUCCUAAGUGAUGAUCACUUAUAAAACCCUAACUUAAAUGGAAGCUUCCUAGAGAAGAGAGGAAAUGCUUUGUCAGAAGAUAAAUUGCAGCAAGUGACUGCAUAACAGUAUAUCUCUGAACAGAAAGUUAAUCUAUGCAAUUGCUGGUUUUCCAACCAGCGUGUCACUGGGUAAUAUAACAUGUUACUCAGUGGAGAGUAGUGAUACCAAUAAACAAAUGGGAAGGAAAGCUAAUAGGUCAAUCUGCUUUUCGUAAAUGAAACUUGUGCGACGACAGAAGGUAUCUCAAAAUGAAACUGAGUCUUAUUUUAGCGUUGAGGUUCUUGACCUCACCCUGAACACGGGAAUGAGACCACAGACGAAUAGCCAAAAGCAAAGUUAAAACAUUGGUGGUAGCAGGGUUGAUCUUGCAGACUGAACAACAAUGAAAUGAUUGUAUGUUUUUUUUUAGUUGAAUUAAAUACUUGAUGAAGCCAGUUCCCUCCCCCACAAAUAAACCAGUGUAAUAAAACCACAUGUAUCAAGUUCUUGAGUUUUCUGAAUAAUUGUAUUCUUUGCAGUGUUAUAGUUUGCAAUUUCAUUUAUGUUAACUACUUGCUGUCUGCUGUGACAUCUGGAUAAUCACAGAUUUAGUCUUUAACUACCAUUCUCUCCUUACAAAUUACUUACACUUCAACAGUUCCAAAGUGUAUUUCCCGGAUGAUCUGUUAAUGGCACUGCCCAUGUGGCUUCUGGAAGAACUUUUCUCAGCGAUAUCAGUUUUCUUUUACUUUGGAGAAGCAGGAAUGGUUAGCGAGUGGAGAGUGGCCAUUUGCAAGAUGCGCAUAGCAUUUUGAGAAACAGCUGUAGCUCAGGUUAGAGCACAUAUUUGCGUGCAAGAUUCAGUGAUAGAACAGCACUGAAGGAAGACUGUGCUUCUUGAAAUGUUGUCUUCGGGCCCCCAAUUCAGUUCCUACUAAAAUCUACUGGAAUUCUGUCUGUUUUAGUUAUUCAUUGCUUUUCUGAGAAGUUCAAUAACAAAAUACCAUUUAAAACCCAAUACAGGUUGAUUUUAGUUAUAAUAAAUAACGAGAUGCUUAUACAGCCAUAAAUCUAAAUUAGCAUAACACUCAUAGUUUUAAUUAUUUAAUUCAAGGGUGUAUGUUGAUAUGACUAAAAUGUAUACACUAGCUCCUUUUGAAAGCAGUAUCAAGUAGUUUAAAAUAGCAUAGGACACCUAUAUAUUCACAUGCUGCCCCAUUGUGCAAGCAGGAAAACAACCUAGGCAGCCGCAGUAAAUCAUUAUGGUUAAUGGCUUCUAAACAAGUCAGGAUCGAUAAGCCAAGUUUUAACUAUGGCAUCCUACUCUUGUGCAGAGGGAAGAGCAAAGGAGCUGCAUGAAAGCACAUGGAGCUCAUGCAUGCCCUUACUAAGCCAGGACUUAAUAGUUCAAAUACAACCUUGGCCUACACACAGUACCUGUGUUUGCAACUACAAGAAACGGGAAACACAACCUGACAUUCUCAGGAUUCUGAAAUCAGUGCUUAUUACAGAGUGUCAUGUGUGCAUUAUGUAACUGCAAAAUCAUGAAUAACAAAUACGGCUGUUAGGAUAAUUAUUUACAAUAGAAAUUUAAAUUUACUUACAAUGAGAUUUUUAAAAUAAAAAAUCAGUAUUUU